AUGGCGGUGACAUGGAGUGUUCACUGUGCAUGCUGGGGGAUGAUCUUCUCGCUCCUAGCUGCGGUCCUAUUAAAUCAUUGCUUGUCUUCCCAGGCUCAUCUUGCCUUCCGAGUAGUAACAGGUGCUGUAGCCGCUUUGUUGCUCCUCUCUUCCUUGAUCGCAUUCCACAUCUCGACGCUCCGAUGUUCUGAGAGCCACACCCUCACCAGCCUACUCCUUUCAUAUUGGUGGCACCAAGGUGAACGACUGGCCGCACCCUCCAUCUUGGCAAAGGAAAACCGCGCGUGGAAACAUCCGCGUGAAGCCCAGGAAGAUCUGAUCCGGGAGCUGAUCAGGCGACAUGCAAAGACGGAAUACGGGCGCAAGAACCGUCUUGGGGAGAUCCGAUCGGUGGAAGACCUCCGCAAGAAGCAUCCUCUCACCACGUACGAUCACUUCAAGGAUUACAUCCAGCGGCUGGCCGAUGGCGACGAAAGCGUCUUUCUUGGCGAGAGGCCCUUGCGAUUCGGCGUCACUUCGGGAACCACUGGAGCCGGCAAGAAAAUACCUUACGUGAGAUUCUGGCUCGACGGAAAUGCCCGGUGCAUGGAAACCAGGCGUUUGGCUAUGUAUCAGGGCACUCACCGACCAAGCCCGGUCCAAAAACGCUGUUUCCUAUACACCCAUCCCAAAUGCUCUUUUACCAAAAGUGGUGUAGUCGUUUCACCGUAUGCAUUCAUCAGCCAGAAGGACAAGAUGCGUUUGUCCGAACUCAGCUCUCCGCCUCCGACCUUCACUAUCACAGAUGAGCCUUCUGCCAUCUACGUUCACCUGCUGUUCGCUAUCGCCGACCCCAAUUUGGCUCUGCUUGCUUCCAUGUUCUCUCCCCAAAUGUACCGAGCCCUGAAAUGCCUCGAAACCAACUGGCCGGCGAUGUUGGAGGAUCUAUCUACCGGGAAGAUCAAUGCUAAGAUCCCUCUAGACCCUGAUGUGCGCCGGUCCCUCCAAGGCUAUCUCAGACCCCACCAGACCCGCGUAUCCGAGCUGAGAAAGGAAUUCGAGAAAGGAUUCUAUGGCAUCGUGAAGAGAAUCUGGCCUCACCUGAUGGCAAUCGAGGCAAACGACAUGUCCGGUUUCCAGCAGAAAAUCGAGGAGAAAUAUAGUUCAGGUGUUCCCUGUUUCAGCUGGGGCUAUGGGGGUACAGAGGCUGGUCAAGUCUCGAUCAAUAUUUGGAUUCUUGAGAAAGAACCACGAUACGUCUUCUGUCCCCACAUGGCAGUCUGUGAGUUCAUUCCGGAGGAAAACUGUUCGGACGAAGACCCCAAGACUCUUCUUAUGGACGAAGUGGAGGUUGGUGGGAGAUAUGAACUGGUGACGACCACGCGCUCCGGACUCUACCGCUAUCGGAAUGGAGACGUCAUCCAGAUUGUGGGAUUCCAUGAGAACUGCCCAGUGAUGCGCUUCCUAUACAGGACAGGGGAAUAUCUCAACCUAGUCUACGAGAAACUGAACACCCAAAUUGUGGACGCUGCCAUAAGGGCGACGGUUGGCACCUGGCCAGGUGCGCAGUUGGUUGACUGGACAUGCGCAGAGAGCCCAGUAUACGAUCCUGACAAUUCAGAGCUGUUCUACAUCGUGUUUCUUGAGAUCGAUCCUGGCGAGAGGGAGCUGAAUGUUACCACGGAGCAAAGAUCAAAGUUUGAUGAGGAUCUCAAGCAAGGGCACAUCUACUACAAAGGUUUGCGUGGGAAUGGCACCGUCUCCUCCGCCCACGUGAACCUCGUCAGGCCAGGCACCUUCCAGGAGCUACGCGAUUUCAUCUUGUCUCGCUGCACGGCUUCCAUCAACCAGUACAAGACGCCUCGCAAGCUCAGGACACGGGAGCUCGUAGUGUGGAUGAUGGAGCGAGUGGCAGAGACCAAGGACACCAAGUAGGGUGUUUAUGGUUGAAACUAGAUGUU